AUGGUCCGCCUGAAAAGCCGCUACCUCCUCAUAGACAUCCUCUACCCGGACCCAAAAACCUGGCCAACAACCAACCCCUCAGAAUCCCCAAACCCAACCCUCUCAAUCCACGCCCCAACAUCCGACACGCUUACUCCAGGUUUCCUUGCCAAGAUGGUGCGCGAGACCGUGUCGGAUUUGUAUGGUGAUUGGGGCGUUGGGAAGCUUGGUGGUGCUAGUGCUGGUGGUCUGAACAUAAAAUACCUCUCACCCGCAACAUCAACAGCAAUAAUCCGGUGCCCGAGACCUUCCUACCGGUUAGUGUGGUCGGCAUUAACCUACAUGUCCGGUGUGCCGGAGACGAAUUCUGGCAACAACGGUCAAACACGCGCUGGGACGGGACGCGAGCGGGGUUGUGUUUUCCGCGUUAUCCGUGUUUCGGGCACGAUGCGGAAGGCGGAGGAGGAGGCUAUUCGUCGUGCUAGGCGGGAGAUUGUGCGUGUUAAGGAUGCUGAGGAGAGGGGGGUGCUUGGGGGGUUGGUUGGUGGAGUUGGGGAUGCUCUUGGGUCUGUUGAUAUGCACAUGGAUGUUGGUGGUGGGAUUGGGGUUGGGGAGUUGAGUGGGAGUGAGGAUGGGAUGGAUUAUGGGGAUAGUGAUUGA